AUGAAUUUAACUCGUCUUCAGACUAUUCGUGAUCGACCAUCGGAUGAGCCAUCCUGUGAUCAUGGGUUGCUGAUGAGUGCGCGAGCCCUUUGGCAGGUCGUCGUUCUUGGCUGUCUUAUACCUGAACUAACCGUCGGGCGUAAGUUUGUUGAUGCAAGUGGCCGGAAGCAACAACAACAGAAUAAGCCACAAUUGAAGCAAUCAUAUUUGCCAGGACUCGCAUCUUCACUGUCAUCUCAGGCUAUGUACACUCCCGAGGCAGCUGGUAAUUCUACUAAAGGGUAG